AUGGAUACUGGUGUUGGUGAACCGGGAUGGAUAGUUGUCUUGGACACACUGUGUUCUGCAGUGUUUCUGAUGGAGGUCAUUGCCAAGCUUUAUGUUCUGAAACCACGACAAUACUUUUGCGGGCCUGCGGGAGCGUGGAAUGUUUUUGAUGUGGUACUGACUGGCGCAGCAGUUCUGGAAACCGUGCUCAGCUUUGCUGCAGGCAAUGGAGGCUCCCAGAGUCGGGUUGCUAUGAUGCUUCGAGGACUUCGCAUCGCAAGGCUGGCUCGCGUGGCCAAGCUCAUGCGAAUGCCAUUACUGCAAAAAGUGGCCACCAUUGUCACAGGCUUCUUCAUCAACCUGCGGCCGCUCUUCUGGGUCUGGCUCACCCUCUUCAUGGUGGUGUACUUCUUGGCAGUACUGCUCCGUGCAACGCUCGAAGCCUUUAGAGCGGCUCGCUCCUGUGGUGACGACGGCGUGGGAUCGGAAGAGUGCGAAAGCCUCGUGAUGGUCUUCAGCGAUGGAUUCGGAAUGGGCUUUGAUCUCGUAUAUGCCUUUGCCAUGGUGGUAGCACUGGCAGAGGAGCUUUUCGUGACAGAGGAAGAAUUCCUACGCCUGAUUCGGAAGACCGAAGUCCAGCAAUUGCUUUGCGACAUGGACAUAAAUGUAGAGCCCCGUGAGGGCAUUUUGGCCGCCUUCGUGACUGAGGAGGACGGAUCUGUCUCUAUGUCAGAGAUCGUCUCUGGUCUGAUGCGAUUUCGGGGUGACCUCCACAAGAUCGAUCUGGCCAUUGCUCGCUCUGAGCUGGAGAACUUGCAGCGGCAGGUCGCAAAGGUGAUGCAGCACAUUGAAAACCAUGCUUAA